CCUCGACAUCGCAGUUUCCGUUCUCCUUGUCUCCCUUACUCUCCGUUGCGAUGGCUGAGCCUGCUUGGCAAGAGAUUCUUCGUGCUCGUCUCCAGGAACGUAAUGUAAAGGAGUCUGCGUUUUCGUCUGUCAUUGAGCAAUACCGACGGUUAGCACAGCAGACAAAGUUUCUAAAGGAACGAAACGUCCAAUUUCUCCGUGCUGCACAGUCUGUCCGAGGUAACAAUCCAAGCAGCUCUACCGUCUUCGUUCCAGGGACCAGCGAAGAGAAUCCCGUCUUGUCGGUAUACACCGCUUCAUUGGAAUCCCAGAUAUCGUCGCUGCGGGAUGAGAUUGCAGGCGCCUACAAAUCUCAGACUCAAAACACUCAGAGGCUGUUGGCCAUGACAGAAACACUACGGGAGAAGGAGGAAGCUUCCAGGAUUGGCGAUGAGAACCUGAGAAAGACGCGAGAUGAGCUGGCGGUCCUUCGCCGCAAGGUCGACCAACAUAACGAGUUGAUGGGUGAGAAGGAUCGUACUGUCCAGAUCCUUCACGACGAGAUAAGCACCCUUCAGCUUGAACUCGGUCAGAUCGAGGAACGAAACCAGACCUUGAUAAAAGAUAAUGCCAAAUUGCUACAGAGAUGGUUAGAUGCGAAGCAGGUGGAAGCGAAUAAAAUGAACGAAGCAAAUGAAUUCUACGAGAACAUGCGCUCUCGACAUCAGAAUGUGACAACCUGGCGCGACGAAACUCUUGGUGCCGGUGCGCCUGUUGUAGCGAGCAACGGAGCGGAUUCAUCAUCGCAACCAUCCGAGUCGGGAAACGGGGAUCUGACCGAGGAGACGAAGGAGACGGAGAUGAAGGAUGGGAUACUAUCUCCCACGGAGAUGAGCAUGGAUCCGAGUCCGAAUGGUUGAUUGUCGAUGAAUAAAUUUUAAUUCGCAUUCUACUUUUUGGUUUCCGUCGCAUACCCAUGUCUACUGAUAUACCUUCACUUUGUUUCAAAUCCAAGUGUCUGAGGGGCCGUGUUGAUACAGCUCAA